AUGAUUAUUAUAGAUUUUUUGUAUAUUCUAGGAAUUUGUUGUGCAACAGUUGCUGAGUGUUUAUUUAAGUUGUAAACUGACUAUGAGUUGUAUACUAUGUUUUCAUCGUUGCCAAUAUUGAGUAUAUGGUGUCUUUUGAGAAUAAAAAAUAGACGGAUAAAGAAUAAUCAAAUAUAUAUGCUUGUACUACUUCUAAUAGCCAAUACGUUAAGAACUGUUGCAAAUACACAUAUAAGCGAAAUGUAUUAUCCAUUAUUCUCAAAAGGUUGCUUUAUAUAAUUCCACUCUAAAAUCAUUAACAUCCUAAAAAGGUGUUUUUAUGUCUACCUUUUGUUGGAGUUGUUGCAAGUGUUAAGUUAGAGUUUAAUUAUGAUCAUACUUUAAUUGCAUACUGCUUUGUUUUAUUAGUAUGGUUAUCGAAUAGUAGUACAAUAGAGAAAAUGACAAAGAUUUCAAAGAAUCGAAGUUAUUCAAAAACGUGGAACAAUCCAUCGGAUAGUUUGAUUAUAAGUCAUAAUGAACAAUAUCAUUUAAUUGUUAAUCAUUAAGGAAAAAUGAUAUCAAGUAAUGAAGAUAUGAAAAAAUUAUUGGGUUCUGAUGAUCCAAUAAUAAUUUAAUAGAUAAUUAAUGAAAUAAUUAUUAAAAAAGUAGAUAAAUAGAUUAAAGAAAGAAAAAUGUUGAAUUUAUUAUAAAUGAUCAAUUGUCAAUAACCAAAAUGUAAAAUCUUGGAUUGUUCUACUUCUUUUGGUGAUCAUUAUAUGAUAGAAUUAAUUAAUUAUAAUGAUAAUGUUGGUAUGAUAUUUAUUGAUCUUUAUGAAUGCAGAGAAUAUUGGGAACGUAAAAUAACUAAAUAAUUAAUGAGUUAAUUAUUUAGAAGUUUUAGUCAUGAAUUCAGUACAUCACUUAAUUGUAUAAGAAUACUUGCUGAAAGUGCAGUAGAAGAUAUUGAUGAUGAUUAUGUUGUCAACAAUAUUCUUUAACCAAUUUUAAAUAGUUGUUAUAUUUUAAAUUCUAUAGUAUAAGAUGUUAGAGAUUUCAGUUUGAUUCUCUCUAAGAAUUUCAUUUUCACUAUACAAAUUCAAAAUAUUUAUCUACUUAUAAAUGAAGUAGCUGAUUUAUAUAGAUAAUAAUUAAGUAUGAAAGGAGUUGAAUUAAAUAUCAAAAUGAAUGAAAUAUAUAUUCAUACUGAUGGUUAACGUUUUAAAUAAGUAUUAAAUAAUCUAUUAUCUAAUGCUUAAAAAUUUACAUUCAAUGGAAAUAUAACUAUUACACUUAUAGAAUAGAUAGUAAGAGAUCAAGUAUUUGUUAAAGUAAGUGUCUCAGAUACAGGUUCAGGAAUGAAUAUAGAAACAUAAUCUAAACUUAAAGAAUUCCUUAUUUAACCACAUAAAAGAUAAUCUAAUUUUAAUUAUGGAUUAGGUUUGAUGAUAAGUAAUAGUAUAUGUAAUGGAUUAUCACCAAAUUAUGAAUCUGGAAUCCAUUUUGAAUCACAUAAUCAAAAUGGUUCAGUUUUCUGGUUUUAUUUGGAAGAUCUUAAAAUGCUUGAAACUCCUGACUUAAUUAGCAAAAGAACAAUUAAAUAUAAUAAGAUUAUUAGUUCUGGUAGAAGUGUAUUAGAAUAGAGUUUUCUUAUUAGUCCAAGUGAUAAGAAGAGAUAAUCUUCUUUCACCUUCUCUCUCAAAGGUAAACAAAAAUUAAUUGAUAAAAAUUCUGAAAGUAAACUAUUAAAUUUAUAUCUUAGAUUUCUCAGAACCAGAUGAAAAUAUUUGUGCUCCAUAUAUUUUUAGAGAAACAAAAAAACCUAAAAAAUGUAAACAUUCACCUAAAGAUCAUACAACAAUUGAAGUAAAUGAAGAUAGAGUUAAGAUAUUAAUAGUUGAUGAUGAAUUUGUUAAUAUCUAUGCACUUACAACUAUGUUUUCCAGAUUAAACAUUAAAUGUGAUUAAGCACACAAUGGUAAAGAAGGAUUAGAUAAAUUCAAAUAACAUUAUUAUUAAGUUAUUCUAAUGGAUAUUGAAAUGCCAAUUAUGAAUGGCAUAUAAGCAACAUCAUUAAUUAUAGAGUAUUGUAGUUCAGUAGAUUUGGAUCCUCCCAUCAUUAUAGCUUAGACAGCCUAUACUGACAUGUAAACUAAAUAAAUGUGUAAAGAAGCAGGAAUGGACUAUUUCUUAUAGAAACCUAUUAGCACAAAUGAAAUUAAAUAAAUUUUAUAAACCAUUAAGUUGUCAUAAUGA